AUGGUACUCAAUACUACCACUUGUAUCAGUAUUGAGACUUUACAUCAUCCGAGACAAUCAUCAUUACCCAACAAUAACAGCAAGAGGAAUGAUGGAGAUCACGAGAAACGAAAGACCAGAAGAAAAAUACAUAGAAAUAUAAAUACAGCAGUAAAACCAAAGAUCAAAGAAAGGGAUUCUUCACUUUAUUUACCACAAGAUCGAAUUCUUGAAAUUGAUCCAUCAUCCACACAUCACAUCUCCCAUCAUAACACCACUAACAACAACAAUAACCCUUAUGGGAAUCGGAAUCACAGUCAGAACGAAAGGCAUUUUCCAUCUUCUUCUUCAACUACUUCAUUGACAAACUCACUCGGACUGGAUUUGUUUCCUGAACCACCCACAUAUUCAAGAUAUUCAUCAUUCAAUUCCACCACUUACGAUCUACCUCCCGCUUCCGAUAGCGACAUUGACAUUGACAUUGAUCUCAAAUUGAACUACGUUGAGCAAUGGAAAUCACAUCCUAGAUCAGUAUCAUUCUCGACAACAGAUCUUCUCCGUUCAUUCAAACAUAAACAUCCUGAUAGCAGUAUCGAUAUAUCUUAUUGGGCCAGAGACAAAUUACACAAAUCAGAAUUGAAUCUAUCAAUCUCAGACCAAGUUAUCGAUAUUGAAAAGCAUAUCGCAUCUCCACCUAAGAAGAACUUUAUACCACUUACACCUCUAUCACCUCCACCCAUACUUCCUCCGUCACCUCGCUCACUGAAAAAGAAGAAGAAAUAUCAAGAUAGUAUAGUUGACUUACUGGAUAAGAUGACUACUGUCUUAGAAAACAGAAAGAAUGACAGGAUCGGCGGUUGGCCUAUCGGGAACAAUAACACCGAUGAGAUGGCAUCACCACCACCUGUUCCUGCUCGAUCAAGACUUCGUUCCGUCGCAUCUUCGAAACAAUUAACGAUAUCAAACCCUUCAUCUCCAAAUCUACCUGAACAGCCAUCUUCACCAAUGCUCGCAGACAUUACUUCUGGUCGUUCCUCGAUGAACAUCAUCACACAUAAACAAUCAUCUUCAUUCCGCUUACCAGUCGAUCCACCCAUGUCCCAAUCUGAGACUCAGCCACAAUAUACUCCUUCACUACGUUCACCUGUAUCACCUGCUUCCCCGGCAUCCGUCCCUGGCAUUUCCCCAAAUGCCAACGAAACUACCUUUACUUUCGGAAAGAAAAAAGGUUCAAAGAUCAUGGAAAAGGAUCCCAUGAAGAUCAGAGAUGGUGUACAAGCUAGAACCAGUACUAGCGGUGUUUACACUCCUAUGACUUUUCCCGGAGCACAAGGCCCAAGACCAUCUCAUUUCCCUACACACGUUUACACACCAUCUAGCUUUGCACUUCCAUUAUCUCCUUCAGAAUCUUCAUCGCAGUCAUCAUCAUCUUCACAAUCAGAUUCAACAGUACCGCCAAAGACGCCAUUAUCACCUACAGGCAGAAUAACCAAAGUCAUGUCAACCAAUAUACGUCGAUUCUCCAACGGGAUCGUUUCACUCAAAGAUAAAAGCCCAAAUUCUGAUCCAAACACGAGGAAUCAUCAGCGAGCAAUCACAACACCUAUGAUGGAAGAACAUAACAUCCCAACGUCGCAUUCAUUUGAGUCCAAUACAAGUGCUCAUUCAAGAGGGUCAAGUUGGGCUUCAUGGGGACCUUCAACACCACAGCAAUCCUACAAGACACCAUCUAUGCCUCAACGUUCUGAAUCUGGCUAUUUCCCUACAUUAUCCAACGGUGCGGGAUUAGGUGUAGGUUUAGACGAUCUGGAAGGAAAAAGCGCACUCAAUCGUCCAGUAGCAGAUACCAUCGUGAUCGAAGCAGGAAUGGAUCCACUCAAUUUCGCAGCGCCAAAAAGCUUACCUUCAGGUGGUGGAAGUUUAGCUGGGAAAGGAAAGAGGAAACCUGUUCCCAGAUUAGGUGGCGGCGAAGAACCUGUCACCCAUGCUUAUUAG